CCGCUCUCCCCCACCCAGAGGGGGGUGUCGAAGUUCUGAGUUUUACUGUAAAUCUUCCGGGAACUGCGUUAUGACGUCCCAGCGGUGCGAUGGCCACCCCGACUGUGCUGAUGGGGCAGAUGAGACUGGCUGUGUGUCCACAACGCUGCCCGACACCACCUGGAGUGCUGAAGAUUGGACCAGCCCUACCGCAAGCGCAGUGGGAGGAGAAAGCCCUCGUUGGCCGGGUGUUUCCACCCCUUCAGCUAGACCAACCAUAUCCACAAUACAGGGACCUGGGGGCACCGCUCAGCCUAAAUUCCCAGAGGGAGAGAUUUCGGCACCUCCAGCUUCAUGUGACAGAGCUCUG